AUGUCGCAGGACCCCCUCCGGCUGCGCGUCACGGUCCAGCGCCACGGCAUCCCGGACGUCAAGUUCGUUUGGCCGUGCGCCCGCGCCGCCGCCGAUCUCAGUGUCGCGCAGCUCCUCGCGCAGAUCAACGAAGUCGUGCCCCUCGAGGGCGGCGAAUGGGGACUCGAGGACUACGCGGUCGAGCUGGUCGCGCCCGCGGGGAAGGAUGGAGCCGGCCGCGGCUACGAGUGCCUUCACUUCCAGCAGGUGCAGCAGAUUCUCAAGGAUGAGGACCACAUUGUCAUCCGGUCGUUGCUGGGAGAGGACCUCAAGCGGAGACGACUCAGCGGGCGGCAUCAGAUCUCUGCCGACGGAAAGCACCUCGUCGAUGGGCUGGCUUUUGGCCGGCCGUGGCUGAGGACUCCACGGGAUCGGCCGUCGGUCGAUUUACCUCCGCGAAAGCGACGGCGCGCGAUUGAGUACUAUGACGAGGACGAACAAGAUGACAGUCAAGGGAGGCCGAUGCUGAUGCUGGAGGCGCCAGAGCUAGGCGAAGAUGAUGGUACGCAUCCCUCGGUAUUUGAUGGUCCCUUUGACAGUUUUAACAAGUCAUCAGAAGACGACGAGUCCUUUGCCGAUGCCGACGAAGACGCCGAUGAGGACAUGGAUGAUGAUCUCGAAGACGAAGGAGACAUGGCCGAAGAGCUGGCGCUCCUCCGUCAAGACAAUGCCGUCGCCGGCGACCUCCCUACCCUAGCCAUAAAUAACGCACACGAGACCUCCGACGCGACGCCUGACGAGGACGCUUCUGCGCAGGAGAUGGAGCUUCUGCAGGCGGCAUUUCCUUUUACAUCAGCCUCCGCCAUCAAGGCCGAGCUUGUGCGACACGAGAACCACAUCAUACGUGCAUACGAGGCCUUGCGGCAAUCAAACGAGCCGGCGUUGUCGCUCGACAAGGUUCUGGAGAUGAUGCUCGGCGAACUGAUGAAUACAUCGGUGUAUGAUGGAGACACACUUCCCAAUGGGCAGCCCCCCGCACGACCGCUAAUACAGGAGGUUGAAAGCGAUGACAAUAAUUCCGGUGAUUCGGACGAUACAUCGACUUCGGACACGAGCGACUCUGUCGACAGCGACGAAGAUGACAGCAGCGAAGCUAACAAAGACGGCAAUUCCGAGAAUAGCAGCAACAGCGACGAAGAGUCGGACUCCGACUCCGAGUUUGAUACGGAUUCUGACUCUGACUCUGACUCUGACUCUGAUUCCGACUCUGACUCGAGCGAUGCCAGUGCGGCACUGGGAGCCGAAGUGUAUCCCAUGUUUUCCACGGAACCGAUAACCGCUCCAAAGGAGAAUACAGAAGCGGCGCAAGCCGAGUCUGCUCCGCAUACCGGUCUUACAAAGACACAAAAGCGCAAUGCCCGCCGUCGAAAGUUGGUCGCGCACAAGAAAUCGCUGGAGGGCAGCACGGACACGCCGGACUCGGCGCUCAAUGAGCUGUCGCUGCAGGCGCGCAAGGAACAGCUCCUCAAAAGCUUGGAGCAGGGAACGAAGGCUGCAAGUGCCCAGGAACAUCAAGACGAUCAAACAAAGGCACAUGAUAUGGCAAAGGAACCGCAAGAGGGCGCCACACAGGAUACGCCACAGUCGCGUCGCGCCCGUGUCGACUUGGGUGCUGGACGACGACUGCUGUUCGGCGCGUUGGGCCUCAAGGCGCCCAAGUCCAAGGAGGACGAGGAAAAGAUCAAGCAGGGACUGAUGAAGGAUGUCCGUCCGCUCAGCAACACUCGCAUAGCGGAGGCCAAGGCGGGAAUAGAUGCAGCCCAGGGCGAGGACGAGGAUCCGGAAGAGUGGAGAAAGCACAUAACAUACUCGGCCGUCGAGUGCUGCCAUGAGGGAGUCGUGCUGAGCGAGCCCCCAUUCCCGUUCCGACAGCGAUGGGACCCGCAGCAACAGGGCCGGCACUGGGGCAAGGGAAAGCGCAAGCGUCAGUCACAAGAGUUUUCUGCGGACUACUACGACGACUCUGCCGUGUUUUACGAGGAUGGCGAUUUUGCCGGUGGUGCCACGGGCCGCACUCCCGGACGAGGGUUCAAGCCAUUCAGCGCCGAAGCCCCUGCACAAGGCCAGAAGGGCUCAUGUGAGAAGGCGAAGGGGGCCCAGAAGGGGCCGGAGAAGACGGACGAUGUGCCGCUUCUGCCGGCGGAUCUCGGCAGCCUCCCCGCGCUGACGGCCGGAGCGGCAAAGGAGGGCAUGGUGGUGACGUGGAAGCAGAUGGCCCUGUCCAAGGCGACACGGUGGCAGCCCCAGAUUGUGCAGUUGACAGGGACGGUACAGGCAAGCACCGACGAGGCGGAGCUGCACGCGGUGCUCGCCAUGCGCGACCGCGAGGUUAGGGACCGUGUCUACGAUGCCGAGACGGGCAAACGCGUGUAUGACAAGUUUGAGGUGCCCGAUUCGGACGGCGAAGAUGAAGCGGGCGAAGACGACGGGCGGCGGGAGGUGCCAUGGGAUGAGGUGAUAGACCCCAGGGUCCUGCGAGACGCGCCCGCGCCAUCCAUGUCUAUUAUGAACGGGAAGAAGCCCCUGAUAGAGGAGGUUGAAAUGGAGGCAGCGGACGCGGAGGUACAGGGAGAGGUGGCGGAGGGUGAGGUCGCUGACGACGAGUCGAGCGAGUCGGAUUUGGACUCGACUGAUGCGGAGGAAGAGGAGUCCGAGUGA